CCCUGGUGUCUCGCAGCCGCAGGCAGCGCGGACUCGCCGCAUCUCGCACGACACAACAGAAAAUCAAUUUCAACAUGUCAUCAGUCAAGCGCUUGGUUUAUGCAGUCAUCCAUUUCUUGAGAGAGCAGAGUCAGAUGGAUACUUUCACUCCAGAUGAACAAGAAAGUUUGGAAGUUGCAAUUCAGUGUCUGGAGACUGUGUUUAAGAUUACCCUGGAAGAUACUCAUCUUGCAUCAUCACAGCAUUUGAUAGAAAUUUUCACAAAUUCUAUUCAAAAGAAUGACAUGCUGCCUCUCUCAGGUUCUUUACCAGAGUCCAUUGUAAAGGCUGACCAACUGAAGGAUGAAGGUAAUAAUCAUAUGAAAGAAGAAAAUUAUGGUGCUGCAGUGGAAUGUUACACUAAGGCUAUAGAACUGGAUCCAAACAAUGCAGUCUAUUACUGCAACAGGGCUGCUGCUCAAAGUAAGCUCAACAACUUCAGGGAAGCAAUAAAGGACUGUGAGAGUGCCAUAGCAAUAGAUCCAAAGUACAGCAAAGCUUAUGGAAGAAUGGGGCUGGCUCUGACCUCAGUGAAUAAAUAUGAAGAAGCAGUGACCAGUUAUCAAAAAGCACUGGAUCUUGAUCCAGAGAACGACUCUUACAAAUCAAAUUUGAAAAUAGCGGAACAGAAACUACGAGAYGUGUCCAGUCCUACUGGAACUGGACUGAGUUUUGACAUGGCAAGCUUGAUAAACAAUCCUGCCUUCAUUAGUAUGGCAGCAAGCUUAAUGCAAAAUCCUCAAGUUCAACAAUUGAUGUCAGGGAUGAUGUCAAAUGCCAUUGGUGGCCCUGCUGCUGGGGUUGGUGGCCUGUCGGAUUUGUCCAGCCUGAUCCACGCGGGGCAGCAGUUUGCACAGCAGAUACAGCAGCAGAAUCCUGAGCUCAUAGAGCAACUGAGAAAUCAUAUCCGGAGCAGAUAUUUGAGUGGCAGCACUGAAGAACAUUCCUGACUUCAAGGAGUCAUAUGAAUUGGAAUGAUAUAUAACCCCAAAAUGCAUACCAUAGUUAGUAGCAAAAGCACCAUUGUAACUCUUCUGCUUGAAUAGAAGACAGAAAAUUCUUCGUGUGUGUUUGCAAACAAGAAUAAAUCUGGUAAACAGAUCUCUUGCACAUAACUUGGAACAUAGUGUUUAUGUAUAGUUACUCCUCUGAAAAUUAAUACACUGAAUAGGUGGUUUAUAAAAAUCCCCAAGUCCAAGUCAUUUCAGUAUGUGCACUAGAUUGACCUCCGGGGCUACUGAGUUGGGAGGAGUUUUGUAGUGCACUGAUCUUGCCUAACACCUAAUUCUAAAAUGCUAUUUUACGAUAGACACGUUACUCAUAUGGUGAGAAUCAUGAUGGCUAUACUCCCUCAAACAGCAUUGAAUACUGAAAUAUUGAAACAAUAGGCCCAUCAGACAUGCCCUUUCUCUAAUAAGCAUUAAGUAGUGUUGGAGUAUAGUAUGUUUGUAAAACUCAUGCUUGAAAAGUCUGUUUAAGACUGUGGAGAAGCCUUCAUGAGGAACAGGAAAUAUUUCUCAACUUCAUUGGGCAGGAGAGAGGGAGAUGAUCACAUAUGAAGGAGUACCACAAAGAGAAGACAACUAUUCUGUGUAGGAUAAUGCACAGAAAUCAAAAUGGAACUUUGCUUGGGAAAGAAAAAAGAAAGAAGUUUUAGGCUUUUGUACUGCCAUGUAUACCCUCACAUCAUGAUGGUAGCCCUGGAGGUCAGAAUUAUGGCACUAUGUUCCUAAGCAUGGCAAGCUGUAUUACAUUCCGUAUGUAUGCAGUAUUUAGUAUAAACUUAAAAUUCUUAACUGUAAUAAGCUAAAACUGAGCCUGUGACUGUACAAAUAACUAGUACUGAAAAUUUAAAAAAAAGAACUGCCUUAGAAGGAUUCUUUUUCUAUUCUUGUGUGAUAAAUCACUGGCUUAAAAAUUGGGGAUUUUUUUUAAAGUUUAACUACACGUAUCUAUCUAAAAUGAUGGUUAUUUAGUCAAGUUAAAGGUUUUUCCACUCUAUAAUAUUUGUGUCUUGCUCAGUUAAUAUUACUCUUUCAAAACUGCUGCUUUUGUGUCUAGUGUGUUAACUUUUUUACUCUGCUUACUGUUCACACUGCUUUCUGAUACAAAGUACACUUUUUCUUAGCCCAGGGAGAUUCUCAACACACUUUCCUCUUUGUGUGUCUAAACUCAUUUGAGGAGCCUGCUUUGAUUUCAAAGACAAAGUGAUCUCUCAUGGCCAGUUAGUCUGGAGGAGGUAUGUAAAGGAGUAACAAUAAAUUCCCAAAUGGAGAAAUACACAGGAACUCUGAACCUCCGACUUUAUAUCCGAUUGAUCUUAUGCUCCUAAAAGAGCUCCUCCAAGCAGAAGCAAAUGCAAAAKUUUGGGCCAAGUAAUGUACUUGAUUCUAAAAAAUUACAGUUGUGCAUUUAUGGUGUGACUCUGACCCUACAAAACCAGAGGGAAAAAUGCAGCUGAAUCCAAGGAGAAAUGAAAGGAAUUGGAGAAAACACAAAACUGGGAAAUCCAUACUACCAUCUGUUGAAUAAAGAGGUAAAGCUUAAUAGAUCAACUUAAACAAUUUUAAACAUUUCAUAUUUUAUUGAAUAGAGCUUGCCUAUGUACAGCAUUAAAAUGCUUUAUAAAAUUCUCUCUUUAAGUUGGUGUAGCUGCUUUUUUUGAGGCUGUAGAGAUACUUAAGUUUUACAUUUUCAAGUAACAGCUUUUGACUUAACAUCGGAAGACCAGAAAGAGAAUCCCUUGGAGGGACCUUUUAUCAGAGGUAUCUCAGAUCCUCCAUCUAAUCCAUUCAAAGUAAGUGUUACUUAAGUUCAGUUACAUUGAGUUGGACACAAUACUAUUUAGAAGACAGACUUAUGGAGGCUGUGGGUGGGCUACAAAAAGUGYGCAGAUACUACUUGGAAUAGUGUGUUGUGUCAGGAGAAAAGAAUGCAUCUAGUAUGUAUCGUGUUGAACUUCACAGUUCCUUUUAAUUCUCUCUUUCAUAUCUUCAACUGCUUACARUGUGUAACUUUGAUAGGGAGAACCAAAAAAUCCACAGUGGGCUGGACAGUUCUGCCAAUAUCUCUCUACAAACUCAAUUUAUUCUUACUUUGCAACAGCAAUCCUCAUGCACUCAGUUACUUUUCUUGUGUAAGACAGUGUCAAGA